UCUCCCCUUGACUCUCCGGCCCCGGUUGCGGCGCUCACGACCUCUUCGCUACUUCUGGGGAUUUCGCGCGAUUUUCGCCCGUGUCGACGUCGUCGUCCCAGUGUCGUGCGCCGACGAUUCCAGGAAUCGCAACGGUGCCUGCAUCUAAAUUUUUCAAGGACGGUACGAAUUGCCGCGAUUGUAAAUAAACAUUGACAAGAAAACCGCUCUGUGAUUUAAUGGAUAAGUUAAAUGAGUGGGUUUCGUAGUGUGUGAAUAGGUAGUGUAUCAUAAUCCCAUUUAGUGGAUUUAGUUAUUUUGUCCAAAGUGUGUGGGAUCGGAUUUUAAUUGUAAAAGCUCGAUUUCCUUACUGAAAGCGAAAACAGUAAAGAAAAGUGCCAAAUUAUAAUAGUUUUUGUUUACUUUUACAUGUUUACAAAUUGCCGAUCGGAAAAGUGUUUGUUUUGACAUUGUGUCUUCGCAAUUCAUCUCGUCUUAUCGUGGCACCGUUAAUUAUGGACUGCGGAAGCAGGAUAUGAUUGUGAACGUCAAUGGCAAAUUCACAAUUAUUAGCCUAUCAAAAGCAGUCGAUUCUCAAAAAGCCGAGGAAUGAAUAUUCACGCAGAUAUACAACAAGAAUUUUCUGAUGAUUGUGAAAACAUAUGAGAGACCAACGGAUAUUCAGCAGAGCAAUGGAUAGAACAUGAUGCACUUGAACGUACUCAGAGCGUUGUACCGGUGGCACAAUGCACUAGCCUUAAUGUUGUGUAUCAACCAAGCAACGCUCUGUCAAGAAAUGGAGCUGGAAUCAUCGCAGGACACAGAUGAAGGAUGCCCAAGUUUCCAGCUCAACUCCGUGUGUCCAUGCUAUCCCUUCGAGGAGGGCCUUCACAUCGAGUGCCCUUAUGUCGACAUCCUCACCGUCCAAAAUGUCAUCAGCAAAAUCAACAGAACUAUCUACUCUUUCACCAUCUAUGAUUUAGACAAAUCAGUCGAUGUUUUGUCCAAGGAGUUGUUCGUUCAACCGAACCUAACAUCCAAAACUGUGGUUUUGAAGAAGUUGUACAUAACUCUAUCUCAUAUCAGAGAUGUGGAUGAUAGCUUCGUGGAUCUGUUUCAGAAGCACUUGAAAGAAAUCAACAUAGUAACAAGUAGACUGUCUGCCGUUCCAAAAGAAAUCAACCGAUUGCUCAACCUAAAUCAAAUUAACUUUGAAUCAAACUCAGUGACUGAAAUAUCGGACCAUGCGUUCACCAAUUUGCGCUUCCUCCAGACUAUUAUCUUGAAAGAUAACUUGGUGAGCAAACUGAGUGAAAAUGCGUUUUAUGGCCUAGAGAAUUGUUUGCUCCAUUUAGAUUUAUCCGAAAACAAAUUGAACGCCUUUCCGAUUUUACCCUUAAGGCGUCUCGAGACUUUAAGUAUCCUCAAACUCUCUUUCAACGAAAUAGCUAAUAUAAUUGAUAAAACAUUAGAUCUAGAAACUUUCAAGUUGAUAAGUCUAAAACAACUUGAUUUGAGCUCUAACAAUAUAAAGUUCUUGGGUAAAGAUGAGUUUAGGUACUUCAUCAAACUUCAAGUUCUUUCCAUUUACCAAAAUCUAUUAGAAUCAAUUCACGGAGAAGCAUUUAAAUCUCUCACCGAGCUUACGUCUUUAGACUUGAGUCACAACAACAUAAUUUAUUUAGAUAGUGAUUUAUUUAAGUACAAUAAAAAAAUUAAAGUCAUAGAUCUCAGCUCAAAUCAUUUGUAUAAUUUAGAUAGGAUAUUUUCGAACUUAACUAAUUUGCAAGAAUUGUACUUAUCAGAUAAUAAUAUUUUAGAGAUCGAAGAUGAGACCUUUACGUCUUGCUCCAGUCUUAGUGUUUUAAAUUUAGAAAUGAACUCAAUACAAGAAAUCCAUGAAGAUUCUCUAAAGAAUCUUCAGAAUCUCACUCAAAUUUACUUGCAAAACAAUCAUAUCAAAAGUAUUAAGAGAAAUUUAUUCACCAACAGCAUUAAUUUAGAUACGCUUAGCCUCAAUGACAAUUUAAUUAAUCAUAUAGAUUUGCAUGCAUUUCAAAAUUGUGACGACCUCAGAGAGCUAAGAUUGAAUAACAACAAACUUAAACAAAUCAAAAAAGGUCACUUCGAAAAUUUGCCAAAUUUAGUUGAACUUUAUUUGCAUAAUAAUUCAAUUGAUGGUAUAGAGCGUGGAUCUUUUGGCACCUUAGAAAAACUCCAGCAUAUCAAUCUGCAGAAUAACAAUCUUAAAAAGUUUGAAAAUGUAUUCUCGUCACCUGCAAGCGGCGAGUUUACCCUUAUGACCCUCCAACUGAACUCAAAUUCCAUUUCCAGUUUGAAAAAUAAUUCUUUCAAUUCAUUAGUUCAUUUGAAGUCACUUUAUUUAACGGAUAACAAUUUGAACGAAAUUAGUGAGAACAUUUUCAGGUCUUUGGAGCGACUAGAGCAACUAUUCUUGAUAGAUGACCAAGUACGGGAAAUACAUUCAGGGGCUUUUAGACACCUGAAAAUGCUUGUAUUGCUAAACGCAAGUGAGAAUCAACUGACGCAGCUCAAAAAAGCAGUGUUUAAAAAUCUAUUUAACCUAGAGGAACUUUAUCUAUCAAAAAAUAGAAUUUCUAUUAUUGAACCACAUUGUUUUGAAGAUCUCACCAGACUCAAAAUCUUAGAUUUGUCGAAUAAUCCACUACAUGUCAUUCAAAGUAAUACUUUUGUUUUUAUGAAUUUAGUCCAUUUAAACUUAAGAAACUGUUCAAUAAACUCAUUUGAAAACGAUUCAGUCGUUGACUUAGAGAAACUAGAAGAGCUUAACUUAGAAAUUAAUGUAUUUCCUGCAGACACAUUGAAAACUUUUAAAUUACCAAAUUUAAAAGAAUUAAAAUUGUCUCACAACUCAUUUCCUGACAUACCUGAAAGUGCAUUCUCGAAUUUUAGGCAUCUACAAACUCUGUACCUAAAAGAUUGUAAAAUAAGCAGCAUAUCAGAAAAAGCACUCCGUUCUUCCAAUCUUUUAAAGUUACACCUGGAUAAAAACCAGCUUCGGGAUUUGCCCGAUCGAGUGUUCAGAGAUGUCCCAAGUCUCAAAGAGCUUUACUUGAAUGACAAUUUAUUCAAAGGUAUCCCCGAAAAAGCAUUUGAGGGACUUAAAAAUCUGGAGACUUUAGAGAUCAGCAAUAAUAGUUUGAAAUACUUUAGUUUUAGUCAAAUUCAAUUUCUCUCGACGCUUCAUAAAAUUAGUUUGCAACAAAAUCUCAUCCACGAAGUUCACGUUACAUCGAAUCGCUCAAAUUUAUCAUUUUUAUUUGAAAUUCAUUUAGGCUCGAAUACUUUGAAUUCUUUACCGUUUAAUUUUUUCAAUAGUCUUAACGGCACUGUCAGAAUUCUCAACUUGAGUUUCAACAGAUUCGCUAAUUUGUCGAACUUGCAAUUAGACACUGCGAUAAAUUUGAAAUUGCUCAAUUUAACGGGGAAUCCGAUCCAACAGAUCGGCGACACGACGCCUGCGGGCAAGGCACGGAACUUCAAAGAAAGUUGCGACGGCGACGCGAGCAAAGAAUACAGUCUCAUGAUCGAAGAACUCACUCUUCAAAGAACCAACUUAUCCAUAAUCACGAGUAGUGAUUUCUGUUCCUACCUCAACCUUCUCCAUUUAAGCCUUUCUAGAAAUAAGAUUCAGCGGAUCUCCCCGGGAGCCUUCAAAAAUUUGGCCCGUCUCCUGUCCCUGGAUUUGGGCUACAACAGGAUUGAUUUCAUUCCGAAAGAGAGGUUUUACGGGUUGGCCGACUUGAAGCUUCUCAACGCCACUCAAAACCUCAUAAGUCGCCUGGACGAGUUCCCGAAGAAUCUGAAAAGUUUGGAGACGCUUGAUUUAUCUUAUAACAAGAUUGAAAAGAUCAGCGAGGGCGCGUUCAAUAAUUUGGAUAAUCUGAAUGAGCUGUACUUGUACGGCAACUGGAUCUCUGCCAUCUCGCCCGACGCCUUUUCUCCGCCGAAAAAGUUGAAGCUCCUCGAUAUAAGUAGGAACAACCUCCAGAACCUGCCUUUGAAUGCCAUUGAGCCGCUGGAAUCUCAAAUUAGGAGCCUUAAAAUUGAAGAGAACCCGUUGCACUGCGGAUGCGAAACACAGCGACUGUGGGAGUGGUUGCGGGAGCAUAAGAAGAUCUCGGAGGCGAAGAACCUGCGCUGCUCGGAGCCGCCCGAGCUGAAGGGGCAAGCUCUGAUGGAGGUGAGCCCACCGCGGCUCUGUCAGGCGCCCGCCGUCAGAAAGCUCACCGUCAACGACGUCCGUCCCAAAUCCGUCCUCAUCACCUGGACCAGCAGCCCCCACACCAAGGUCUACGGCUAUCGCGUCACCUACCAGUCCGUCCACUCUGCCGACAUCGGGAAAAUCCUGGACCAGAACACCCGCUCGUCGCGGCUGACGAACCUGAAAUCCAACACGAAGUACACGAUCUGCGUUUACGGGCUCAACAGCUGGGAGGCGGAGACGGUGCUGGGCUCCAACUCCUUCUUCAAGGCGGGCAAACUCAGCUCCGGGCCGGACACGGAAGCCGAGAGCGUGAGCCAAGAAGGGAACGGGAACUGGACGGAGCUGCAGAGCAUGUGCACGGAGGCGACGACCGGGGUCGACGAGGACAACGACGUCCUGGCCAUGGACAGCAACCGCUACAAGGAGGGCUCCAUCCUCACCCGCAGACUCGGGCUCAUCAUCGGCAGUUGCAUGGGCUUCCUCGUCUUCAUCAUCCUCAUCUCCGUUCUCGGGUACUUGAAGAUCAAGAAGCAAAGGGCCACCGCCAAGAGAGACCCACCGCUACCGCCCGAGUAUCUCUCCUACAGGCAUUUCUCCAUCCAAGGCGCCGAGCACUUACAAGCUAGUAUAUCGCAAGGAACCACUACGCUCAAUUAGACCCUACCAAUCAUUGUUUCCGAGCAACGCCGCACGGUGGACCGAAUCAAUGGGAGAAGUCGGACAAAAUUUGGAAACUUUAAAAGCUCGUAACUCCGUUCAUACAAGACUUUGAGGUUACAAAAGUGGUUUAAUCGGUUUCCUCGUGAC